AUGGAACACCUCAUCGAAGUAUUCGAUGAUACGAUUCCCAUAAAACAGAGACAUUAUCCAAUGUCCCCUAUUAAAAAAAAGUAUGCCUAUGACGAGAUUGACCGUAUGCUGAAGCUUGACGUCAUUGAGGAGAGCAAUAGCUCCUGGAGUUCGCCAAUCGUUCUGGUUGAGAAGCCGGGAAAGAAACGCUUGUGUGUGGACAUGCGUAAACUAAAUGAGAGCACUAAAAGGGAUGCAUAUCCGACGCAACAUGUGGAAGGAAUCUUAUCACGGCUGAGGGAAACCUACUUUAUCUCGGGAAUUGACCUGAAGGAUGCCUUUUGGCAAAUCCCUUUGGAGAGCUCAUCUAGGGAAAAAACCGCAUUUACAGUCCCUGGCCGGCCGUUGUACCAGUUUAAAGUGAUGCCGUUCGGACUGUGCAACGCCAGCCAGAGACUUUGUAGACUAAUGGAUAAGGUCAUCUCUUCUCGGUUACGAGAGCAUGUAUUCGUUUACAUAGAUGAUCUGUUGAUCUGUUCCCCGGAUUUUGACUCUCAUCUAGUGCACUUGGCGGAAGUAGCCGAAUGUCUUGCAGGCGCGGGCCUCACGAUUAACUUGGAGUAG